GUAGCAGAGGCCAAGGAUGCCGGAUGGGAGGACCUGGAUGCAGAAGACAACGACGACCCUUUGAUGGUGGCCGAGUACGUCAACGAGAUCUUCGACUACAUGAAGACUAUCGAGGCGACUACGAUGCCCAAUGGCAGCUACAUGGAUACGCAGAACGAGAUCGACUGGACCUUGCGUGGCGUCCUCGUCGACUGGCUGAUCGACACACACUCGAAGUUCCGCAUGCUGCCAGAGACCCUGUUCCUCGCAUUGAACGUCGUGGAUCGCUUCUUGACCAACCGAACAAUCACGCUCAACAAGCUGCAGCUUGUCGGACUCACCGCGAUGUUCCUUGCCGCGAAGUACGAGGAAGUGCUGUGCCCGUCCGUCGCCAACUUCCUGUAUCUCGCCGAUGGAGGCUAUACUACGGAAGAGAUUCUGAAGGCUGAGCGGUACAUGCUCAAGGUCCUGGGCUUCAACCUCUCUUACGCAAACCCUAUGAACUUCCUGCGGAGGAUCUCGAAAGCUGAUAACUAUGACAUUCAGACAAGGACCGUCGCAAAGUACUUCAUGGAGAUCUCGCUUGUCGACUACCGCCUAAUGGAGCACCCCCCGUCACUGGUGGCAGCCGCUUCCGUCUGGAUGGCGCGACGCGUCCUGGAGCGAGGGCCGUGGACUCCCACGUUGGUACACUACUCUUCUUACUCCGAAUAUGAGCUUCUGGGCACAGCAGAGAUCAUGCUAGACUUCAUCCUGCGGCCAGUCCAACACCCCAGUUUCCACAAGAAGUACGCCGGCAAGAAGUUCAUGCGAGCUAGCACCUACGUCGUGGACUGGGCUCGGAACAAUUAUGCCGACGCUGUUGUACCCGAUGAAGAGAUUGAGACUCAAGACUUUGGACAGCUCAGAGUGGAUCUGUUCGCAGACCAAGGGCUGCUGCGACCGUCCGGAAGCGAUACGGCCAGCCCGAGGGAGGAGAGGAGCGUGUCGCCCUUUGUCAAGGAUGCCAAUCCGGAGUGGGACAGUUCAACCGUCGGAAUCAAUGGCAAGUAA